AUGACAGCUUCACCAAAAACACCUACAUCCUUGAACGAAGGGAUUGCACUCUAUACUCCAUUUCUUCUCCGCUAUUUCUAUGAUUUCUGGGUCCUAUGGGUUUCCAACAAGUUUGCAUGGAAAUGCCCAACCUCAACCGUCCAGCUCCCAUUGUUCAAGGCCGCCAUGGGUCAGAGCCACCUCGACAUCGGCGUCGGCACAGGCUACUACCCAGCAAAGAGCCUAAAGGCCGGCGCCAAAUGUACUGAAAUCACCCUCCUGGACCUCAGUCCCAACUCGCUUCAGGCUACCGAGCAGCGCAUCCUGGAGACGGUAGGCCGGGAGGCGGUCCGCGUGAACACUGUCGUGGCUUCGGCCCUGGAGCCACUUCCCUUCGACAAGGCCAAAAAGUUCAACUCAAUUAGUGUUUUCUUCCUGUUGCACUGUAUGCCGGGGACACCUGAAGAAAAGUGCAAGCUGUUCGACGUGGUGCGGCCGCAUCUGGCGGAGGACGGCGUGCUUGUGGGAACGACUGUCCUUGGUCAGGGUGUACCAAUCAACUGGCUGGGACAGAAAAUGAUGAACAGCUACAACAACAAUACAAAGUCUUUCCAUAACUCGGAGGACAACAAGGCUCAGUUUGAUGAGGGCCUUCGUCGGAACUUUGAGGAGGUGGAUUCGUGGAUCAUGGGCCAGGUUAUGCUCUUCAAGGCGAGGAAGCCAAGACAACAAGAUGCCAUCACCAAUGUAGUUCCGAAAGACAACUUGGAUUGA